UCAAUACUCUUUGAUUUGCGUUCAAAAGGUGUGGUGACAAUGAAAGGUGGGAGCGAAGCAGACAGCAGAAUGUACGUUUGUAGAUGCGAUGUGCUUCUGUCGGCGUACUGUAUGUCUUGACUUUAUGCCUGCUUAAGUAUUGUGUGUCAACUGCUUACAUGUUCAUUCAAAUUUGGUGAGCGGAGUUUCUUGAAUCAGUAGCGCGUCGCGAUAUGUAAUACAAACAGCGUCAUUGUGAUUUGAGUUACGAAGUGUUAUUGGACAUUUGGUAAACGAUGGCAGAUUUUAGUGGCAACCAGGGAAACGAAAUUAAUGAGAUAAAGAGAUUGUUGUGGGGAACAAUUAAAGAUGAUGUAUUUCGACGAUGGGCCCAGGGAUUCUGUUUUAGUAGCGACGAACCUACGGCUCUUGUUCAAAAUCAUGGUGGACCCUGUGCAGUUAUUGCACCAGUUCAGGCGUUCAUUUUGCGGAAUAUUAUUACUGAACCAGUGGGAAACAACUGGCGCGAGGUUGAGCAAGACACUCAGAAUGAGCUCCUCGUUGGUGCCAUAUGUGAAAUAUUGGUUCAAGCAGCUAGGCAGAAUGGUGGAAGAUUCGUUUUAGUUGAUACUUGCGAUUCACCGACAGCCACUCCUAGUCCCAAUAAUGACUCCCCGACUCUUGACCAUUCAUCGGGGGACUAUAUAGAGCAGCCAGCAGAUGAGAGCUGCUGCCAGAAGCAGUUUCAUGCUCACUUAAGAGUCCUCACGUUUGAAAAUAAGGAGGAGGUAGAGACAUUUUAUCUGCAAAGGAUAUACACAUUACAAGGAACAUAUGGUGUUCUACUGUUUCUGUAUUCGGUAAUCAUGACAAAGGGAGUAGAACAAAUAAUGGCAGAAGUUAAUGAUCCUGCAGAGCCUUUUAUAGACGAUACUUAUGGCUAUGGUAGCCAAAGCCUGAUUAACUUAAUGCUCACCGGAAGAGCAGUGGGUAACGUUUGGGAUCAUGAACAAGAUGUUGGAGGCCUCAAAUUACUUGGAAUUGACCGCCAAAGUGAGAUAGGUUUUCUAGCUUAUUUAGAGCAUAUGAGGUACCUUGAAGUGGGUUCUUUUUUGAAAAAUCCAAAGAAUCCUGUAUGGGUUUUGGAAAGCGAAACCCACCUUACUGUAUUAUUUUCCUUUGAGAAAAGGCUUGUGAGUCUGGAAACUCCAGGUGAAAUAGCACGCAGGGUCUUCAGAAAAUUUGAUCCUGAAGGCAAUAACUUUAUAAUGUCAUCUAAAUUAGGAGAGCUUUUGCAGGCCCUUGAUCUUGUUUCUGAUGCUGAGUAUGUCAAAGUUAUCAUGAAAAAGUUGGAUCCUGAGAACCUAGGAAUUAUUCUACUGAACGCAUUCCUAGCGGAAUUUUACCCUGAUGAGAAGACCUCGGUACCAGAUACAUUCAAUUUAUAUCACUAUAAUGGUCUACCAGGUUCUUGUCCUGAUGGAAAAGUUUGUUAUCAAGAGGGUCAUGCUGUUCUCCUUGAAUGUGACAUUAGAUGCGUUCUGGAGAGCAAUCCUAUGCUAACAUGUCUACAGACAAAAUGGCAGAAUAUAGAAAUACAAUGGCAGCAGGGCGUAACACCAUCCCUGAACUAAGGAUUGAACGUAUUUAAAUGUUGGCAGUUAUGAGAGGAGAGAUUUACAUUUUGAAUGGCAGUGGUGACAGCAGAAGAUAAUCUAUUCCAGGUUCAUAUGCAGGUGGAAAAACAGCAGAAUGUAUAGCCCAGUUCCAGUUUCGUUCAUGCUGUUAGAAGGGCAUUGGUGCUCUUAAAAUGUGUUUAUAACAUUCUGAAAGAACAUUUUUACAAAUAAAUAUGUCAACACUA